GCGGGCACCGAGUCGUCUGGCGGAACAGCGGGCACCGAGUCGUCUGGCAAGACUGCGGGCACCGAGUCGUCUGGCAAGACUGCGGGCACCGAGUCGUCUGGCAAGACUGCGGGCACCGAGUCGUCUGGCAAGACUGCGGGCACCGAGUCGUCUGGCAAGACUGCGGGCACCGGGUCACCAGGCAUUGGAUCGUCUGGCUCGACAGCGGGCAUCGGGUCACCAGGCACGACAGUGGACUCUGACUCAAUUGGCACAACAGCGGGCACCGGGUCAUCAGGUCCCGGAUUGUCUGGCUCGACAGCGGGCAUCGGGUCACCAGGCAUCAGGUCAUUUGGCUCGCUAGCGUUCACCACGUCAUCUGGCAAGGCAGUGGGCACCGAGUCACCAGGUACGACAGCGGGCUCUGAGUCAAUUGGCACGACAGCGGGCACCGGAUCAUCUGGAUCAACAGCGGGCAUCGAGUCAACUGGC